CGUUUUUAAGUGUGUCUCGGAGAAAUAAUUGGUUAUCGAUAAUGAAUAUUAAAACGUUUAUAAACCACUGAAGCGUCGAAGCAUAUUGUUCGCUGAGCCAAUUAAAUAUUUUCAUGCGGUUGAACUUUUGCGAUGAAAAGAAAAUACUAAACAAACACGAAAGGGAAAUUAUACAAUUAGAGUAAAAAGUUGACUCUUUUGGAACCCGUGUUGGAUAUGGCAGUUGCAUCGUCAAAGGUCGCUCUUCAUCUCUACCUCAACAACCCACACGGCCUGCUAGCCGCAACAAUACCGAAUUAUGUUCUCGUCAACGGAAACGCCGGACUGGCGUCGGUGCAGGCCAUCGUCCGGUCAAAUCCUAUACCGGAAGAGGCGAGUGGAGUCGACAGUGAAUCGGUGGUGUCCGUCGUGCGAAAAGCUAACGUCGUUAAAUUUGGGGAAGCUCUUCCACCCAUCCCCGAUUUCAAUGAACGCUCUAACCAGAAAACUUUGUCUAAAGAAAAACUUCCUUCAAACAGUUCGAAAGGUGCGGAGAUUAACAGUUUUGAAUUAAAUACACCUUUACCGGAAGUAAAGCGCGCCGUUGGAAUGGUCCCCAAGUUACCGCCCUAUAAACAGUCGCAAAGCGGACGGUCAUCGGGAGCGACGGGUGAAAUCUCGCCUAGGGGAGGAGACGGGCAGACGGUACCGUCCUUGGGGUUUUCCUGGUCCCUCAACCUGGACAAGCGGUCGCAACCGGAAGUGAGACAGAAGCCUCCCCCGCCAUCGCUUCUGGAAAAGCUCGGGCGUCUUAAGGUUGGAGAACCAAUCGGGAUCGUCAAGUUGAAGAGAAACAAAAAUCAUCCCGCAAUUUACCAAGUGAGCAAAAUGAGUCUGCAAGAUAAGGACGGCUCACAGCGGAAGAUGAGCGAGCGGCUGCACGAGUGGUUGGACGAGUACACGGAGGUCAGUCAGAAGCAGCAGGCCUACCUUCAGCGCAUCCACGCACUCCGUCGUGGGCUUGAACAACGCCAAGACCAGCACGUGCUCGAAACGGUCGGCCGGAUGCGUAACGGGCCGCGCUACAAGCACCGGCGGAAGUACCCGCUUUAUUCCUUGACCCGGAUGGAGGAGGCGGCGACCAAUCAGGGACCGUCGCCGUUUCCGAACCGGCCGUGUAUCUCGCAUAAUGACAGCUUAAAACAGAGCGGCGGCGAUGGGAGCGGUUACAAGGGGACACUGAGUAAAAUUAAGAUUGUGCCACGGGCGAAACCGCGGAAGCUCGAGCCGAUUGUUAAGCCGGGAAACGCCGAUGUUUACGAAAAGCUUUUAAUGAACUCUAAUUCGAAACCCCACGGUGAUACCCCAAGACCGGACAUGUCGAAAAUGAAAACCGAGUAUGAAACGUUCGAGUCGAUAGCGCGCAGGAACCAUUUGAAUCUGACACACUUUUAUAACUCUUCCCUCAGUCAUCGGCGUUUGCACCGGCGGAAACCGGUUGCCAUGUCAACCGUGACGAUGAUAGACGAGAGCCCGGAAGAGACUGAGCAGACGACACAGUUUAUUACGGACAUAGCCGCUAAGAAACACAUGCUAAAAACGGGGAAAGGAACCGUAUGAUAAUGUAGGAAACACAUGCUGAAAACGGGCAGAGACCGUGUUAUAAUAAGUGCUUAAUAAAAAUCACGUGCUUUGUCACAGAUGCAAGAAAUAUAAAAAUAAAAUGAAUGCUUGUGUCCACUCACUUACUGUAAACAAUACGUUGAGCUGUGUUCCUUAUGUAUUCGAUCGCACGUGACAAUAAAUGGGACGUUGUUUACAGAUUGAUAACAUUACAAUUCUAUGUUUGUUUUUUGUUUAUAUAUUAAACAAUAUAGUGUAUAAACUAUAUUUAAACAAGCUAUAGAUGGAUUUAUAAAUAAUUUACUAUUAUAGCGCUUGAAAUAUGCAGACUAUUCAUACGCCUGAAUUUCCAAGUGGUAUUUAAAUAACGUUUUUAUUCCCGCUGGACCCCGGUCUCAAAUCCUGGUGAAGGAAAUUUUGUAUUCAAUUUUUUAUCUAGGCAUUAUAAUACUCUUAAUAUCUAAAUCGACUAUUGCCAUGAUAAAAUUUUUUCAAAAACGAAAAUGUGUCAGUAAGUUUUUUUAAUGCACGUGAAUCUUCCGGAAUAGACAAUUUAACAUGCGCAAUCAGUACCUGACAGUGCGAGUUCCUAUCUUAUUGGCAUCUGUCGGAACUAGUUGUGAAAGGGCAGUGUCAUAUGCUUUCUUAGUGACAUUCGUGUAGACGUUUUAUUUGGGCCUAACUCUGAGAAAAACGGGGUUUAAUGUAUGUGCGUAAAAUAUCGUCCCAGAUUGGCUUGUGCAGUCCACAAAGGCUUAUCAGGUACGACACUUUCCGCUUUUAUGAUAUUUUGCAUUUAAUCUACAUUUUAACAUAUCGAACAUUUCGUUUUGGUUCAAUAUAUUUAAAAAGGACGCGAUGUGUUAAGACAAUGGUUUCUGAUUAUUGUAUUUACCUAAAAUACGUGUGGAAAUUAAGCAAAUUAUUCGGUGUGGAUAUUUAGAAAACACUUAACACCAUGUGCGUGACCAUAAUCCCACUAUAUCACAUAGUACCGUGUAUUGGAUUUAUAAACUGUGUUGUUAUAAUUUAGUAAACAUACAUUUCCAACGUUUU